GUCAAAUUCUUGACGCAUUUCCCAUUGUUCUUGUGCUUUUUGGAUAUCCUAUCACCAGAGUUAGCAAAAGAAUCCCCAACAACCAUGAUGAUAACAGUAGAUGAAGCACUGAAAAUUGUAUUGGGAGUAACUCCAAUUCUGGAUUCCGUUACUGUCCCACUUCACCAAGCUCAUGGCAGAAUCUUAGCCCAAGAUAUUCAAGCUCCUGAUCCUCUUCCUCCUUACCCUGCAUCCAUUAAGGACGGUUAUGCAGUGGUUUCUGCAGAUGGUCCGGGGGAAUACCAUGUAAUUACUGAAUCGAGGGCCGGAAAUGAUGCUGUUGAUGUGACUAUCACUCCUGGAACUGUUGCCUAUGUGACUACUGGAGGACCUAUUCCUGAUGGGGCUGAUGCGGUAGUUCAGGUGGAAGAUACAGAGCAAAUUGAAAUUGAACCUAGCCAACCUAAACGAGUGAGAAUAUUGGUGCAAACUCGGCCUGGUUUUGAUAUUCGUCCAGUGGGCUGUGACAUUGAGAAAGGUGAUGUGGUGUUGAAGUGUGGUCAACUUGUUGGUGCUUCUGAAAUUGGAUUGCUUGCCACUGUGGGUGUCACAAUGGUAAAGGUAUAUCGUACUCCAACAAUCGGUGUGCUCUCAACUGGUGAUGAACUAGUGGAGCCAACAACCAAACAUCUUGGUCGUGGUCAGAUUAGGGACUCCAAUCGUGCUAUGCUACUAGCAGCGGCAGUUCAACAGAGCUGUAAUGUUGUGGACCUAGGCAUUGCUCGUGAUGAUGUAGAAGAACUUGAAAAAAUCAUGGACAGAGCGUUUUCUGCUGGAGUUGACAUAAUUUUAACUUCUGGUGGUGUUUCUAUGGGAGACCGAGAUUAUGUGAAGCCAUUGCUUGAGAGGAGAGGAAAAGUGCAUUUCAGCAAGGUUCUCAUGAAACCAGGAAAACCUCUAACAUUUGCUGAGAUCAAUAUGAAGUCAACUCAAGAUGUGAAUGUCAAUAAAGUUCUUGCCUUUGGGUUACCUGGAAAUCCAGUGGGCUGUUUAGUUUGUUUCCAUCUUUUUGUUGUGCCUGUUAUUCGCCGUCUUUCUGGAUGGAGAAACUCCGACCUUUUGAGGGUUCAUGCCCGUCUUGAGAAGCCUAUUAAAACAGAUUCUGCCCGACCUGAAUUUCACCGUGCCACUCUUAUCUGGAAGGAAAAUGAUGGAUCUGGCAAUCCUGGUUUUGUUGCUGAGAGCACUGGUCAGCAGACAAGCAGUCGUCUUUUGAGUAUGAAGUCUGCAAAUGCAUUGUUAGAGCUUCCAGCUGGAGGUGCCUUGCUUCCUGCCGGAACAUCUGUGCCUGCCAUUGUUAUUUCUGAUUUACUCAGUUCUUCUGUGAAAAAGGAUUCAUUAUUGCAAAGGUCACCCAGCGAAACUGCUGCAAGCAACCUUUGGGAUCCUGCAGUUCUAGUCCAAGUUGCUAUUCUGACAGUUAGUGAUACUGUUGCAUCAGGGUCUGGGCCUGAUCGUAGUGGUCCAAGAGCCAUUUCUGUGGUAAAUGCUUCCUCAGAAAGGCUAGGAGGAGCAAAGGUAGUUUCAACUGCUGUUGUUCCGGAUGAUGUACCCAAAAUUAAGGAUGUUUUGCAGAGAUGGUGUGAUGUCGAUAAAGUGGAUCUAAUUAUCACUCUAGGUGGCACUGGGUUCACCCCAAGAGAUGUUACUCCCGAAGCAACAAAAGAAGUAAUUGAGAAAGAAACACCCGGUCUUCUGUAUGUCAUGAUGCAAGAGAGUCUUAAGGUGACGCCAUUUGCCAUGCUCUCACGUUCAGCUGCUGGAAUAAGAGGAUCUACUCUGGUAUGCCCAACCUUAAUUUUUGUACUUUUAAGAAAUUAAUGAGACAAAAGCGAUUUUUUUGAUUAGAAUUUUAAACUAGUCUUUUCUCUUUUACAUGACAUGAAUGAGAUAGAAUAAACAAUAGCAUUCCUUUACAUCAUUUCCAUUAUCACAAUGGAAAUAGAACAGAAACUAGAAAAAUCAUACAAAUAGUUGUUUUGGGGCAAUUAGUAAAACCUCUUGUCAAGGUAUGCUUUUGAUACGUUACUAUGGAAGCCAUUAUCAAAUAUCUUCAUCAUCUACCUCUUAGACCAUUCCCUGAAACAAUGUUUCUUGCCUCUGGACGUUCCCGAAUUAGCUUCGUCAUAAACUAUUUUUUAAUAUAUUCCUUCCGUGAAUACUCACCCAGUAGGUAAUCUUUGUACAUUAAAUAGACAUGACCGUUGACUAGUACUUCCUCUGUUUUUUUACUU